GGGUAAAAACAGCAUUAACAGUUAACAAACAGCUCUACCAUGAAUUGUUAAUGACUCUGUUUCUGUCUCUCUCUCUCUCAUCCCUCUUUUUCUUCUAUUUCUUCCCUAUUCUUGUCGUCUUAUUACCCCCUUUCUCUGUCUUCACCUAUUUCACUCUCUGCUUCUCUGUGUGUGUGAAUUCUCCACGCUUUAAACUUCUAAUUUUAGGGAUAAAUAGUCUCUUUCUCUUUCCCCUUCUCUUUAAUCCCCCCCACAUUUCUGCUCUGUUCUUUUCUUUGGGACACUGUUGUUGUUCUUUCUCAAGUGUUUCUCUUCUUGUUUUAGUUAAGGAAACAAAAAAUUCCAUCUUUGGACCACUCUUCUUCUCAGUAUGAACCUUGUAUUCUUCAAGAUCACUACACCCUUUUAACUUUCUUCUCCAAAGUUUCAAUCUUUAAUCACUUUUAGUCAUGGUGGACACUAAAGAGAUCAACACUAAUGAAUCUAAGAGGGUGGUUCCACUUAAUACAUGGAUACUUAUAUCCAAUUUCAAGUUAGCUUACAACAUGCUACGAAGAUCUGAUGGAACAUUUAACCGUGAUUUAGCUGAGUUUUUAGAAAGAAAAGUUCCUGCUAACUCGAUUCCAGUUGAUGGUGUCUAUUCAUUUGACGUGGUUGAUCGCUCUACCAGCUUACUUAACCGUGUUUAUAAACCUGCCCCGAAAAAUGAGUCUGAUUGGGGUAAAAUUGAUCUUGAUAAACCCCUUAGUACAACUGAGAUUGUACCUGUUAUUAUCUUCUUCCAUGGUGGAAGCUUUACUCAUUCAUCAGCUAAUAGUGCUAUUUACGACACAUUUUGUCGUCGUCUUGUUAGUAUUUGCAAGGCUGUUGUUGUAUCUGUGAAUUAUCGACGAUCACCUGAGAAUCGAUAUCCUUGUGCUUAUGAUGAUGGAUGGGCUGCUCUUAAAUGGGUAAAAUCUAGACAAUGGCUUCAAAGUGGGAAGGAUUUAAAAGUUCAUGUAUAUAUGGCUGGUGAUAGUUCAGGUGGUAAUAUAGCUCAUCAUGUUGCUGUUCAGGCAGCUGAAUCAGGGGUAGAGGUUUUUGGAAAUAUUCUUUUGCAUCCGAUGUUUGGUGGACAAAAACGAACAGAAUCAGAGAGUAGAUUGGACGGGAAAUACUUUGUGACAGUUCAAGAUAGGGAUUGGUAUUGGAGAGCUUAUUUACCAGAAGGGGAAGAUAGAGAUCAUCCAGCUUGUAAUAUCUUCGGCCCGAGAGGUAGAACUCUCGAAGGACUUAACUUUCCAAAGAGUUUAGUCGUUGUAGCGGGGUUAGACCUUGUUCAAGAUUGGCAAUUGACAUAUGUUGAAGGGUUACAGAAAUCGGGGCACGAGGUGAAUCUGUUAUAUCUAAAGCAAGCAACAAUAGGUUUCUAUUUCUUGCCUAAUAACGAUCAUUUUCGUUGCCUAAUGGAGGAGAUAACAAGCUUUAUACAUCCUAACCAUUCCUAGAAGACUUAACUACAACUACAGGCAGCCAGCUUAAAUAUAUAACAGAAGCUUGACAUCUCACUCGAUCGGGUUAUUUUUUUCCUCCCUCCUCUGUAGUGAAUAUAAUGGUGUGUAUUAGCAUUGCUUCUCAGUAUUACUUGUCAUCAACAUACUUACAUUGUUGAUAAGAGUGUUCACCCUGAUGGUUCUUGUCAUUGAUCAGCAUUUGAAGACGAUUAAGGCGUUAGCUGACGGAGUGUUGCCUGAGAAAUGUUACUUGUUGAGUUAAUAGAAGAGUAAUUUUCUGGUGAUGUCUCAGUUGUUACUACUACUAAAAAGAACUAAUUUCAGAACAUGGAUUGGAAAAUUCAUGAUGUUGUAAUCUUACUUUGUAUGUUAUUAUAGUUGUGAUUUAGAAACUAUAUAUGUAUAAGAUUUUGUUUGUUAAUUUUGUCCCAAGCAUUGAACCCCUCUUUCCCCCCUAAAAAUCAACUCAAGGUAUUUGUGCUUUUA